GGAGCAAGCGGGAAGACAGCUCCCGGAAGAGCCGCAUCCGCCUCCGAUCGGCAGGCGCCUUGAACUUCGCUAUGAUUGGCUAGUGAGUCUAAGCUGAGCCCGAUCCAAGGCCAAAGCCAAGAGCGCUUUCUCUUUCCGAACCUCACGCCCCACUUGCGAAGUGAAGCAACCCUAGGAAGUGUUGUUCAGUCAUUCAGUCCUGUCCGACUCUUCGUGGACCAUAGAACACCAGGCCCUGCUGUCCUCCACUAAUUCCCGAAGUUUGUCCAAGCUCAUGUUCAUUGCUUCCAUGAUACUAUUUAUCAGUCUCAUCCUCAGCUGCCUCCUUUUCAUUUUACCUCCAAUCCUUCCCACCCAUGAGAUUUUCCCAAAGAAAGCCCAUUUGGGAUGCACGAUGUGCACAGAACUACAAGAGAAAUACGUAGCUGCCAUGGUACUAAGUGCAGUAGGUGAUGCCCUGGGAUAUUUCAAUAAGAAAUGGGAGUUCCUGUUGGAUGGGGAGAAGAUCCACCAGCAGCUUGCUGAGCUUGGAGGAUUGGAUGCCAUAGAUAUUGGAGGCUGGAGAGUCAGUGAUGACACAGUGAUGCACCUGGCAACGGCAGAAGCCCUCAUAGCUGCUGGGCAAGAAGAGGACUUGACCCGGGUGUAUUCCCUUCUAGCAAGAUACUAUAAAGCAUGCAUGGAUGACAUGGAUGGCCGAGCUCCAGGUGAUGCCUCUUGGAACAAUGCAUUGAAACUGAAACCAGAUGAACCCAAUGGAUGGAGGAUUCCUUUCAACAAGAAUGAGGGGGGUUGUGGUGCCGCCAUGCGUGCCAUGUGUAUUGGGUUAAGGUUCCCACAUCCUGAACAACAGGACACUCUGAUCCAAGUGAGCAUUGAGAGUGGCCGCAUGACCCAUCACCAUCCUACUGGCUACCUUGGGGCUGUUGCCUCUGCUCUCUUUACCUCUUAUGCGGUGAAUGGCAAACCACCUCAAGAGUGGGGAAGGGGAUUGAUGGAGGUCCUCCCAGAAGCCAAAAAGUACAUUGUCCAGGCUGGCUAUUUUGUGAAAGAGAAUCUUGAAUCUUGGGACUACUUCAAAGAUCAAUGGGAAAAGUACUUGAAACUUCGAGGAAUUUCAAAUGGUGGACCCCCUACUUUCCCAAAGCCCUACGGUGUGAGAGAGAGAGAACAAUUCUACAAGUCAGAAACCUGCUUCAUCAUGGCCAUUAGUCUCAGAAGAUGCCUCUGUUUCUUGGGGAUACUCCUGUUAUUCUCUUCUAUGGGUUCAGGUCACGAGCUUCCCCUCGUACAGCAGUGCUCUGACUUUCAGAAUGCCAAUUUUCUACGGGGCACCAACCUCAAUGUCCAGUUCCUCCUCUUCACCCCUUCAGAUCCUAGCUGUGGGAAGCUGGUAAGAAAAAGUAGUGACCUUCAGAAUUCUGGUUUCAACACCUCUCUGGAAACCAAGAUAAUCAUCCAUGGAUUCAGGGCAUUAGGAACCAAGCCAUCUUGGAUUGAUAAAUUCAUCCACACUCUCCUGCACGUGGCUAAUGUGAACGUGAUUGCGGUAGACUGGGUUUAUGGAUCCACGGGUGUUUAUUUCUCAGCUGUGGACAAUGUGAUAAAACUUGGUCUGGAAAUCUUCCAGUUCAUCAGCAAUCUGCUGGUGCUUGGUGUAUCAGAGUCUUCUAUACACAUCAUUGGGGUCAGCCUUGGAGCACACGUUGGGGGAAUGGUAGGAUCUCUCUAUAAAGGCCAGCUGGGAAGGAUCACAGGUCUGGAUCCAGCAGGUCCGGAGUACACCAAGGCCAGCCUUGUAGAACGACUGGAUCCCGGGGAUGCUUUAUUUGUGGAAGCCAUUCACACAGAUACAGACAAUUUGGGUAUCCGGAUUCCAGUAGGACAUGUGGACUACUUUGUCAAUGGAGGCCAAGACCAGCCGGGGUGUCCCUCAUUUAUUCAUGCAGGUUACAACUAUCUGAUUUGUGACCACAUGAGAGCUGUUCAUCUCUACCUCAGUGCUUUGGAGAAUUCCUGUCCGCUGAUGGCCUUUCCUUGUGCCAGCUUCAAAGACUUCCGUUCAGGACAAUGCCUGAAUUGUGCUAACCCUUUUCAACAUUCCUGUCCCAGAAUCGGUUUACUGGAACGAGGAGGAAUUGACAUGGAAAAGCUUCCCAAAGAAGUGAAAGUCUACCUCCUGACCACUUCCAAGCCUCCAUAUUGUCUCUACUAUAGUCUUGUGGAGUUUCAUUUACAGAAGGUGAGAAACAAGAACACCAACAUUGAAGUCACUUUGCACAGCAGUAAUCACACAGAUUCCAUCAAGAUCACCAUGUAAAUUGAAAAACAGUUCAUUGGCAAAGGACUGAUAGCCCACUCAACCCCACAUUGCCACAUAAAUCAAGUGAUCCUGAAGGUGCUUCCCUCCAACAAAGUUUGGAAGAAAGACAAGACCUCCAUCAUUGGGAAAUUCUGUGCCAUCCCUUUGCCUGCUAACCACAGUACGAAAAUGUGGUGCUUUUCUGAACCAAAGACCUUGGAAACAAAUGUGAACACUUUUGCAUCGCUGGAAAUACCAUGUGCAUAGCAUAAUCCCUGGAGAUCUUUGGAGGGGAGCAAGUAGUCUCAUUUAGACUGCUCUUACCAGACUAAGAAUACUAUCUCUGUUAUUAUUUACUAAGUAGCAUGUAACUACUCAUCAGUAUUUUUAUUGAUACAUCUUGUUUAGAUAUAUGUGCCAAUUAGUUCCCAAUAAACAAUGCCCCCUCGUG